CGGUUUCAGCUGUUUCUUACCGAGGUGUCUCCCCGCCGCCUCAGCGUCAGAGAAAUUCGCGCCCUUCUGUCUGUCAACUUGCUCGCGCGGUCUCCUGGGAAACGGUGCGUAUGGUAACCAUUGUAAACAACGAGCUCUAACAGCGCUGAGGUGAACAGCGAACAAAACCAGCCAUGGCUGUCUGCAACACCGAGUAUUUCGAUCAAAUUGGAAAUAUUCAAAAGAGUAUACACGAAAGGGAGAGAAGAAGACAUGAACUGGAAGAAAAACUGUUUGCCUACUUAAGAUCAGAUGAAAGACUGACUAAGCUGAAGUGUGCCAAGAUGCGCUGCUAUUACAAGGAGCUGCGCGAGAGAGAGCAGCGAGCAAAGACACGCAACCUUGAGCUACUGGGGAAUGUGGAAAACUUGGCAUCCAAAUUGAAAGAAUUCUCCAUUGAUUGUAGUGGGCUGCUUCAAAAGAGGUUGGAGUACAAGAAUCAUAUUACCAGACUAAAGAAAGACAAGAAGAAAACGGAGGCCAGGGGGGAAUCAGAAGCGGACGAGCACCUGAGCAGGUUCCAGUUCCCCAGCACACACGGAUCAUCACAGAGUGCUGUCAUCUUUACGGGUCACCAGACCUCCAGCCGCUCAUCAAGAAAUGAUCAACGUUCACCAUCUCAAACAGAGCUGAUGCCUAAUCAUCCUUCACUCUCUCCUCUACAAAGUGGCCUUUGUAUGCACUCCCAUGUUUCAAAAGCCAGUGGCGCUGCCAUUUUAUCUGAUAACAUUCUAAACUCAGGUGAUUUCCUUGAGGACAAAUGUUUGAGUGACGUGCAUGAAAAGCAGAUGGAGUCUGAUUGGGACUUCUCUCAGAGGGCAGGAGAGCAGCGAAGAUGGGAAGAACGAAUCUCACCUCACAUGACCCUGAGGGAAGCUGAAGUGUCCUCUCUAUCUGUGACCGUGAAGAAGCCUGCGGACAUUGUGUCAUUACAGCGGUGUCCGACCCGCAGUCCUUCCCCAGAUACCACCGAUCCAAGAGAUAACUCACAGUACAUGAUCUCUGGAGAUGAGGAUGAGGAAGUGUCUGCAGAGGAUGAAGGUGACUCUGUGCCGAGACAUCAAGAUCUUCCAGUUUCAGAUCACACUAACAGCAGACGUCCCAGCAUUCUCAAUCCAGCUGGUGAAAUUAAACCAGACCUCUCGAUGCAGACGGAUAGUGAUGUUUCACUUUCACCGAGUCAAAGUGAGCAUCACACCUGGAGAGGAGAUGAUGUAAUUCAAGAGGAGAGUGUAAUACCUAUUCAAACCAACAGUGGCACACAUGAGCAGGUCAAUACACCACAGCAUGGAAGGCCUGACCCUCUCCAAUCCCCCAACAGGCUCUCCAUGGAAGGAUUUUGUCGUCUUCUGGAAAGCAUUGAGCGCCGUCUCGGAGAAAAAGACGCGAACCUCUACAGAAGCGCAGUCGAUGAGCAGAAACUCAGUGAUAUCAUCAGUAUAUGUGGUCAGUGUGGGCGUGUGGAUGGUGUGGAUCUGCAUGCGUGCGGUGCUGUGGUUCUGCAGCAGCUGCCCCUGCUGUCCUGCAGUCUGUCUCAUGGAUGCCUGUUACCCAGUGAUCUAGUCAACACACACUGGUCAUCAGCUACAAAGCCAGGAGAGAUCAGGUUGAGCCUGUCGGCUGAAAGCGUUCCGCUGUGGGAUUGCUGUUUCAGGCACUUCCGUCAGCUUCGACAACACAACAUCCUCAGUACUGACCACAUCAUCCAGCUCUUCACUCGACUCCUGGUGACAAACAACGCCACCUACACUGACAAGGCAGGAGAGCUGUUGAAGAGGCUUCUGACCCACGAAUCUGAGACCCAUCAGCCUUCAGAAAGUGAACUCUCAUCUUCUUCCAGCCUGCCCUCCCUUCUGCGUGACAGUGUGGGAAUAAAGCCCGCCGGGCCUUCCGGAAAAAAUCGUCCAACCGUUGGAACACAAGGAAUUCAAAGUGCUGAAGAGGACAGUGCCGACCAAAGCCCAGUGGAAAGUAUUCCUAUUAGAGAGACCAAAGCAUAUCAGCUGCUUAAACAGUCUGUGGCACAAGAGAGGCACUGGAGUGACUCGGAGGAGGAAUCGGAGCCGUCAGACUUCAACAGAUUAAAGAAGUCUGAGGCGCUCCGGGACCCUGUAACACAAAAUAGCCAGAAGAGUGCGAAAAGUAAAGCUUUCUCUGCUGUCCAGUCAAAGGCGUUUUGGGGAGAAUCAGACGACAGCAAUUCUGAGAUCGAAAUGGCCUUGCGUCCUCAGUCCCGCAACACCAGCAGCCACGACUUUGAUGAUUUUUAUGAUUGAUAUUUCUUUUUUUCUCAGAGUUCACACUGUCACAUUUUUUUCCCCCAAUGAGCAGUUAAUAUGUUUGAAAGAGAUGCCUUUAUGCGAUCGCAAAACAAACAGAAAUCUUCACCGAGGAAUGAGUGCGACAUUCCGUGAAAACAAAAAAGAGCCAUCCACUUUAUAGUGGCCAAAGACUGUGAAGGGUUUUCAAAACAUGUUUGGGUUAACCCUGCUUGAGUCUCUUUAGCUGAACAACACUUGGACCUGGUUGAAAUAGAUUAAACUUGGUUUUUAAAGUGAUUCCUUUGCACUGUGUUGAAUAUUACGCAGUUUAGAUGCUGCAGGUAUCUGGCGUUGAGUUGGAGUGGAAUGCUCUGAGUCAACUCCCAUGAAAAAAAGCCAGUGCACAAUGGCCACUCUGCAUGCUGCUAAAACACCUUUGAACUCACUCAAGUGCCCAUGGCCCAUUUAGGAGGACAAAAUGCGUUGUGCUCAUCUCAAUAUAGAAACAAACGCUCUCUGUAUUUGCGCUGGUAGAAGGGCGUUUUCGUCAGCCGAACGCGACGAUGGGCGCCCACUUUCAAAAUUCGGCCGGUUUUAAAAUGUGCUAUUGUUCAUAUUCACACUUUAUUCUCUGCUAGCAUCUCUGGUAGACAUGCUUGCUUCGAUUAAUUGUUAAAAGUUGUUCCCUCUAAUGCUUAUUUUUAGACUCAAAAUGAUGGAUAAUUAUGAUUGGGCAUUGAAAAGAGCACCGAUCAAACACGGCAAUAUCAUUACAGUAAUAACGGUUAUUUUUCCCAAAAACAGCCAAUCAGUGAGAGCGACUGUAACCCUUUUUCUAAUGGACCUGAAAAUAACAUUACGAACUAAAAUUGCAGCGCGUGGAUUUCCGGAUCUGUUUCCCCAGCCAUCUGUAAUCUACAUCGCCAGUGACGGGGGAUUGUCAAUUUUGUCUGUGGCUCCCGGGUUCAUUAGGUUUCAUCAUUGAUGCUGGUAUAUUUAACAUGCACACGGGCAUGUUAUCCUGUAAUGAGACAAAACCUGCAGCAUUCUAUCCAUCAGUAUGAUUCCAUUAGUUAGCUUUUAAGUAACUUUAUGAGGCCGAACCUGCGAGAGUAGGACUCCACUCUCAUUAGCCGUAAUGGCUCCAGCCAGCCUUGACCCGCACGCGUCAGAACGCGCCUGCAUAAUUUGGGGAUUGCUAAAAAGCUCCCCUCACAUAAUAUCUGUGUUAAGGAUCAUGUCAACAGAUACUUGUGUGAUGGAGGAAGCCGAGCGAGAGAGUUACGUUGUGCCGGCCCGUAACAACGCGAUAAACGCUUUUUAAAGGAACUGUGUAAUAAUGGCACAAAAUAAUCAUAAAACCACAGAGUGUGACUUGCAAAUGAGGUCACAUCAAAACGGAGAGAGUGUUUUGUUUCAAAAUAGACCAUGCUCAGAUUUCUUUUGCAAAAAUGUGUGUACUGAGCCACUUUAUAAACAUGCAUGAAGGUGUCUCAGCAGGGAAGGUCAUUAAAGCAUUCAGAUUCCGAGACUUUCUCAGUUUAAAUGAUCUGCCUGUAUAUAAUGGCGUAUCGUGCGCUAUUUCAAGGCUCAGUUUGGAAAAUCCAAUCAUUUAAUGAAUAAAAGGUGUCAAGUCUACAUGUUUAAGUCUUUCUUUUAUUAAGAAAGCCUGUGUUGUGCAUGGGGUGUGUGUGACUGUCACUCAUACCCCACAAAAGUGCCUUCUUUGGCAGAAUGAUAUUUAAUCAUAUAUAUAUAUGGUUUUAUUAUUAAUAAUUGUGUUAUUAUUAAUUUGGAAAAAAUAAUUAACACUUUAUUUUAGUGUUCUUGUUACAUACUUGCAUGCAAUUAUUCAUAAUUUACUAAUAUUACUACACUAAGUACUUGUUAAUUCAUAUUUCUCUGUACUUAAAUGUAUAAUUACAGUGUAACCUAAUUAAAAUAAUUUCAUUCUUAUAAUAGCUGAAAAAUAUAUAUAUAAAAAAAUAUUUGUGUGUGUGUAUAUAUACCGUACUUUCUUUAAAUGUUAACAUGAUUUUUGUUCUCAAUUAUCAUGCAGUUCUGCUAAUUUAAAGCUUGUUUCCUUUUUAAUUGGCUAAAUUGCUAGCAUCACUAGGCGCCUAAUCUAAACUUGUAUUCUGCUGAUAAACAAUAUAUUAUGCAGCAAAGGCCAGACAUGUCUGUUUUUGUUUCUGGGAACAAUCUCAGCCAAUAAAAGAAAGGAAGACCUAGAUGAAAGCGAGUAGGGAAGUUAAACACUCUCAUUAACAAUGAUAUGCCAGCAUUGUGCUAUUUGCAUAUUGCAUGUUUGUGUAAUUUAUUCACGCUUAUUCGACAAGUUGAAGUUUCAAGUGUGUCCCUUCCACUCUCCCCCUAUCCACUUUUAUUUUUAUCAGGGAAUAAUGAUUUAAAACAAGGUCAUUUGAUCUUCUGUUUCAAUAGACCUUAAUGAAAUAUUCAUUUACUCGCCUGUGGUUUCUCUGACAGUGUUUCUGAGGAUGUUCAGCGAAGACACAAAGGCCACGCUUUUCAUCAUUCAAAUCCACGUUUCACGUUUUGAUUCACACAGAUAUCGAUAAUUAUACCUUCUUUUACUUAGAAACCUACAGUUUACCUAACAAGAGGGUUUAUAGGCGUCCAAGCAAAAGCCAUUUUGUAAUAUGCCAGUAGGAUUUGUGGGCUGCACAUAAUAUUGAAUCUUUUUCUUGGGAUUAUAAAGACUAAAUGUACUGUAGUGUGUUGUGUGUUCUAAUACACGAACAAUCAUUAGUGCAAUAUGAAUGUUGUGAUCUCAGUGAAUUCACUUUCCAUCUGACUACAGUUAGAUUUU